UCAACACCACCCUCCUCCCUCCAUCUGCACCCCAAAGAGCACAGCAGUAUUGGAGCGACCCACCCCUCUGCUCCCUCCCCGAAGCGGCCAAACCAAUACUGCUCAUCUCUGAGAGAGCCCCGAUUGGCGCCCGCCUCCCAAUCAUCGCCCCCGACGGCCCCGUGGCCCCUCGCCCAUAAAGAGCUGCCUCCUGCCACAUUCCAAUCCUCUCUACACCAACAAUCAUGUCGGCCGAUCAGUUCAAGGUCCGCACCAUGAAGCGGAAGAACGUCAAGGGCCUGGCCCUGAGCGCCCCGCAGCCCCGCGCCGAACCCUCCAACGCCGACAGCCAACUCCCCGGCUCAUUGCGCGACAACGACAAGGCGAGCGGUCAGCUGGAGAUUGGCGUUGAGUUCAGGCUCGACCUGCGCGCCGAGGACUUGAUCGUCCUUCGCGAGCUCGGACACGGCAACGGCGGAACCGUCAGCAAGGUCCAGCAUGCUGCCACCAAGGCCAUCAUGGCCAGGAAGAUCAUCCACGUCGAAGCCAAGAAUGAGGUGCGCAAGCGCAUCGUGCGCGAGCUGCGCAUCAUGCACGACUGUGCCUGUCCUUACAUAGUCUCAUUUUACGGCGCCUUUCAAAACGAGUCGGGCGAUGUCGUCAUGUGCAUGGAGUACAUGGACUGCGGUUCCCUCGAUGGCAUUUCCAAAAACUUUGGUCCCGUCCGCGUCGAUGUCCUGGGAAAGAUUGCCGAAGCGGUCCUCGGUGGCCUGGCCUACCUCUACAAGCAACACCGUAUCAUGCACCGUGACAUGAAGCCUUCCAACAUUCUCGUCAACUCCAGGGGUCAGAUCAAGAUUUGCGACUUUGGUGUCUCCUCGGAGCUUGAGGGCUCGGUUGCCGAGACUUUCGUCGGUACGGGAACCUACAUGGCGCCGGAGCGUAUCCAGGGCGCAAAGUACACUGUCAAGUCGGACGUGUGGAGCGUUGGCUUGACGUUGAUGGAGUUGGCCAUUGGCAAGUUCCCAUUCAACAACUCGGACAACGACGAUGAGCCUGGUGGACCGCAGGGUAUUCUUGACCUCUUGCAGCAGAUUGUUCUCGAGCCCGCUCCCAAGCUGCCCAAGAGCGAUGCUUUCCCCAAGAUUCUCGAGGACAUGAUCGCCAAGUGUUUGAUGAAGAACCCGGAGGAGAGACCGACUCCGUGGGAGCUCUACGAAGCCGAUCCGUUCCUCCUCGCCGCCAAGCGCACGCCCGUCGACCUCGAAGCCUGGGCCGUUUCCAUGAUGGAACGUCAGAACCGCAAAUCUCACCUUGUGCCCGCUCCCGGUAGCGCCACCACCCGCCAGAUGCUCCGUAACUCUCCUUCGCAAAGCCCCGGUCACAACAACUCCUCUGGCUACACUCCCACCAGCGCCAGAUCCAACCACAGCGAAGGCAGACCUGCCGUAGACCGGAGAGACUCAAAGGACCGAGGCGAUUACCGAGGUGACAGCUACCGUGAACGCGAGAGACGUGAGCGGGAGAAGAUGUACCCUGUGAGAACGAGCAGCGCCAGCUCGUUGCAGGGCGGCCAACCCAUGCAGUUGCCCAUGCGCCCCGCACCACCUCCGACCAGAGACCCGGCGGCUUGAAGAGAUGUAAAUGUGUGAGCAGGAGAGUUUCUUUACCAUGAACCGACAACGGCCCGAUGCUGUCGUCGGUUCUCUUAUCUGUUGAUCUUUUCCUGUUCUUCAGCCUUCAGCAUGCAUCGGCGCCUGUGUUCUUUCUGCGCGGAGCCCUCACUGUCCUAUUCGAAGGGCUUCUCCGCCUUUCCUGACGUUCAUGUUCGGAUCAGCGAGCAUGGUUUGUCAUUCUGCGAAUGGGCCCGGUGGGACGACUCCGCAGUGGUAUGCGGGCGGCAUCGGAGUUUGGGUGUUUUGGAGGGGCCUCUGCGAGAAUCGCCGAGGAAGGGUAGCUAGGCACAACAAAUGUCAUGACGUUCACCAGAGAUUG